CAAACCAAUUCUCUCAACCAAAAACCCUUUUAUUCUCCACCAUGUCUUGGUCAUGUUCAAGAUGCACAUUCUUAAACUCUCCAUCACAAAAAUCAUCUUGCCAAAUCUGUUUAUCUGACCCACCACUAUCAAUCUCAUCAUCAACAAAUUCAGUGACAAAACCCAAAUGGGCAUGUAAAGGUUGUACCUUUAUGAACCCUUAUCAUAGUAUAAGUUGUGAAAUAUGUGGAACUAGGGUUUCUGCUUCUGGACUUGCUAUUCUUGAAACUGAUGAUGAUGAGUUGUGUUCUUCUGUUGGAAAUGUGUUCUUGCCUUUGUUGAGGCCUUGUAGUAAUAAAGGGCAGAGUAGUAUUAGUAUUGGUGUUGAGGAUGAUGUGAAGGAGUCUGUUAGGUUUAGAUGUGCAAAUGCUGCAAACAAGAGGAAAAAUAGGGAGGAGGAACCACUUGGGGUUGAAGAUGAUGUUGUUGGGUAUAGGGGUGUAAACGCUGCAACUAUGGCAGUUGAAGUAUCGGAUUCAGUGGAUCAGGAACCAGGCAAAACUUUCUCAGCCAGUAACUCCAAGGUGUUGAAGAUCUUGACCUAUAAUGUGUGGUUUGCAGAUAUAGAGAUGAACAAGAGGAUAAGAGCUCUAAGUCAUCUUAUUGCACUGCAUGCUCCAGACGUUAUAUGUUUUCAGGAGGUUACUCCAGAAAUAUAUGACAUUUUUCAGCAGUCUAGUUGGUGGAAAAUGUAUUCUUGUUCUAUUUCAAAUGUGAUGGAAUUGACGAGAGGAUACUUCUGCAUGCAGUUGAGCAAAAUUGCAGUGAAAUCCUACAGCUGCAAGCCAUUUAGCAACUCUAUAAUGGGAAGGGAACUCUGUAUAGCUGAGAUUGAAGUUCAGAAAGAUAUGAGCUUGGUCGUUGCUACCAGCCAUCUUGAGAGUCCCUGCCCUGGCCCACCCAAGUGGGAUCAAAUGUACAGCAAGGAACGUGUGGAGCAAGCCAAGGAAGCUGUGGAUUUACUUGACAGAAAACGUAAUGCAAUCUUUUGUGGUGAUAUGAACUGGGAUGACAAAUUGGACGGUCAAUUUCCUCUACCUGAUGGAUGGAUUGAUGCUUGGGGAAAAAUGAAGCCCGAAGAAAUCGGAUGGACAUAUGACACCAAGUCAAACAAAAUGUUAAGCGCCAACCGGACGCUGCAGAAACGUUUGGACAGGUUUGUUUGCAAACUGCGAGAUUUCUGUAUAAGUGAUAUAAAGAUGAUUGGGAAGGAAGCAAUUCCAAAUGUCACAUAUAUCAAGGAAAAGAAAGUGAAGAGUGAAGUUAAGAGAUUGACCCUACCUGUUUUGCCUAGCGAUCAUUAUGGUCUGCUUUUGGAGAUCUCUCCUAAGUAGUCCAAAGUUCAAAAAUGUAUUGCUUAUGAGCACAGUGCUUCUGUUCCCCACAACCCUUAUUAUUCUCUCGGUAUAUCGUACUUCGCUGUGCAGUUUUUGUCCAUGUGACCUGUAAUCAACGUUAAGGGUCUUAAAAGUUUUUGCGGAGCACUUUUUUGUGUACAUUACUAGUGCUCGUUUAUGCACAGAGGAUUUAGGAGAGCGGGGAUAAGAAGCAAAGAAUGAAUUAGUCUGUAUGUUCUAUGCCUUUUAGCUUAUAAUAUCAGUUAUAUUUCUAUGUUUCA